CAGUCUCUAAACGGGUCCUUAGAUGCAAACCACCACUGUGGGCUGGAGCCUUAUCCUUGCCGCUACCUUAAGGAAGAUCAGCCAGUCCGGGGCCCCAGGGCGCAUUUCAACGCACCCUUCUGCCUGUGUGCCGGCGGGCGUAGUGAGUGUGGGGUUCACCGCCUCUCCGCCCUACCGCAGGGGUCUCCCGGGAGGAACACAUCAGUUCUAGGAACCCUGAAGCCGAGCGAUGCUGUCCGCCCGAGCCCUUUUCUUGACUUGGCCGACUCCGGAAGUGGGGUGUCGGAGGGUGCGCGUAGAGGGCUUGUACGUCCGGGAGUCGCGCUCUGGGCUGUUUCUUCCUGCAGUGGGCAGUGGGGCGGCGAGCCAGGCAGGGACAACAUCUGAAGACCAGUGCCCAACUUGUGACCACUCCAUCUCCCCCAGCUGGAGGCUGCACCCCUCAGCACCCGCCUCAGCUGCUGACAUCACAAGGGAGACUUGAGAGCUUGGGAGCACUUAGGAACCUUUCCCUGAGACAUGGAGUCUUGGGGCCCAAUGCUGCGGGCCCUCCUGUCUGGCCCAGGGAGGAGGGGAGGCACUCGGGGCUGGGCCUUCCGCUCGGGGCAACCCCAUCUACCUCUAGCUGGGCUGUCCAGUGCCACAGAGCUGGUCAACCACUGGACAGGGGUCUUUGAGAAGAGAGGCAUCCCUGAGGCCCGGGAAUCCAGUGAGUACAUCGUGGCUCAUGUCCUUGGAGCCAAAACAUUUCAGAGCCUGAGGCCAGCACUUCGGACCCAGCCCCUGAGCCCUCAGCAGCUGCAGUGCAUCCAGGAACUGAGCAGCUGCCGAUUGCAGAGGAUGCCUGUGCAGUACAUUCUCGGGGAGUGGGACUUCAAGGGGCUUAGUCUGAAGAUGGCGCCCCCAGUGUUCAUUCCUCGGCCAGAGACAGAGGAACUGGUUGAGUGGGUGCUGGAGGAGGUGGUCCAGAGGCCUCGUGUGGAGGGAGCCCAAGAUGGUCCCCUUAUCCUGGAAGUGGGCUGUGGAUCAGGGGCCAUCGCUCUCAGCCUGCUCAGCCAGCUCCCCGAGAGCCGAGUCAUUGCCGUGGACAAGGGCGAGGCAGCCAUCUCCCUGACCCAUGAGAAUGCACAGAGGCUUCGGCUGCAGGACCGGAUUUGGAUGGUCCCCCUUGAUGUGACCUUAGAAGGGAGCUGGACACACCUCCUGCCCUGGGGCCCCGUGGACCUGGUCGUCAGCAACCCUCCCUACGUCUUCCACCAGGACAUGGAGCAGCUGGCCCCUGAGAUCCGCAGGUGCUGGGUGAGGUGGAACAGGGAAGCCUGGCCCAGAAGGCCUAGUGGGAUCAGUCAGCCCUUGAGGACCAAGCCCCUGGGCAGGGGCACUGAAGGGUGCAACAGUGUGGACAGGGUGCCCCAAACCACAGGCCUCCUGAGUUCUGCUUCCGCCUCCCACUUAAGAUUCCUGAUGCUGCAGAAGCUCUCCGAGCCUCAGCUUUCCGCCUCUGGAAGGGGAGUCGUGGUGCUUUGUAGGGCCCCAGGGAGGCCCGAGUGAGGACUCGGAAGCAUCGGACAGUAGGUGCUCACAGAUGGUGCUCAGUAGGUGGUUUACAGAAGGCAGGCCCACAGAGCUAGGGUGUCUUGCCUGGAAUCAUGCAGGAGCUCCCCAGGAAAGCUGGAACGAACCCUAUUCCUGGCUUUGUGCUAAGCAAGCCAUCCUGCUCUCACAUGGGGACUGAGACAGGGCAGUGGUACUUUGACUCGGGGUGUUGGCCCCUACUUCUGGGGCUCUCGGGAGGGUCAGGGCUAGCCCCAGACCUUCCUGCCUUGUAGGGCCCAUGUCCUGGUGUCUGUCAGUUGGUGGGACCAGCCAGCACACCCAGCACUGCCUGGUUGAAGUGCUGCCUACAGGAGGUGGGGACACAGGAGCUGCCAUGCACUGGGGCCUGUCCUUGGGCCAUUGACCUUGCCUUGGCCCAGUGUUGGAUCCCAUGGCCCUCCAUGGAGGUCCUGCCCAGUUCUUUGAAGGUCCAGGUCUCCUACUCCAGACUCUCAGUUCCCACUGCUUUCCUCUGCAGCUAUGAAGAUGUGGCGGCCUUGGACGGUGGGGAGGAGGGCAUGGAUGUCAUUGCCCACAUCCUGGCCCUGGCACCCCAGCUUCUGAAGGA